AUGAGCAUCUCUUCCCAGCCUGGCAUUACAUUGGCAUCUGUGGAGGCUUCACAUUCAUCCUGCUGCAGUUGGUGCUUAUCACAGCCUUUGCCCAUUCCUGGAACAAAAACUGGGCAACCCCGUUCUGGCCUUCUACAAGCCUCUAUCAUCAGCUGCUAUAUCAUGUACCUGACUUUCUCUGCACUGUCCAGCCGUCCUCCAGAGAAUGUAUUCCUUGAAGGACAAAAUCACACUCUGUGCCUCCCUGGCCUAAGUAAAGUGGAAUCGCAAACACCAGAUACUUAUCUGGCAGUGCUAAGUGCUGGCAUCAUGUAUACUUGUGUCCUUUUUGCUUGCAAUGAGGCUUCCUACCUGGCUGAGGUAUUUGGGCCCUUGUGGAUUGUCAAGGUUUACAGCUACAAGUUCCAGAAGCCCUCACUCUGUUUCUGCUGCCCUGAAACAGUGAAACCAAAGGAAGGCCAGAGGGGUGGGGCUGUCAGGCCAGCUGACCGAGACACCUCUCCAGCUCCUCCAGCACAAGCCCAGCAUCUCUCCUACAGCUAUUCUGCCUUCCAUUUUCUCUUCUUCCUUGCAUCACUCUAUGUCAUGGUUACCCUUACCAACUGGUUCAGCUAUGAGGGAGCAGAACUGGAAAAGACCUUCACCAAGGGUAGCUGGGCUACCUUUUGGGUCAAGGUUGCCUCAUGCUGGGCCUGUGUACUCCUCUAUCUUGGGCUGCUAUUGGUACCACUCUGUUGGUCCCCCACCCAGGACUCCCAGCCACCUCCUACAUUCAGGGGACCCGGCCUUCGCAUAAGUACUGCAAGGUAACAAAUACUCAGUCCAGGUACUGUUAACUGGGGUUCCCUUAAGGUCAUACUCCCUGUCUUGACUCAGGAACUGCCCAGCCCAGCAGGUACCUCAAGGACACAAUGGGCAGUUAUCUCCCCUUUUAGUCAGUACUAUUUUUGAACAGGAGAUAGUGGCCAUACAUACUCUAAUGCCAUGGGCAGAGUGUCUCACUCACUGGAGCUAGUGUUACAUCUUUACCCCAGCUCAAGAACCUAACUCCCAAGUCAGCAGCUCAGGAACCACUGCUGAUCCCAGCAGACAGUGCGGCACUAGCCCUUUCCUGGCUCUCACAGUGGAGAUGGGGGCAGGGAAAGACCAACAGGGACUGAAGACUUACUUGGCUCUACCCUUGGAGAUAAAAAGAAAAACAAGCAGUUCAGCCCUGGGCACAGGGAGAUAAGCAGCCCAGAACAAGCCAGGACACAGAAAGAAAGAAACAGAGACCACCCUAGGUUUUAUCCUGAUCUUGAGGUCAAAGGAAGUGGGAAGACAAAAACCACCCUCAUUCCAUGAAGAAUGACAGAACAGAAGAGAAUGUGAACACUAGAGAGCAACUGACCGUGGGAAGUCAGUGAGCAGC